AUGAUCAAUUUCGGCAUAGGUAAAAAUAAGGACGAGGUCAGAUAUAUGCUCGUGAGUGGAUGCCGUGCUUUUUUCAACCAGUUUGAGGACGAUGCUCCUACUGUAGGGAAUGAGGCGACUGACGAGGUGGAGACGAUGGAGGAAAUGGUCGAAGAUGCAGAGGCGAACAAAGACGGGAGAGUUAGGAGGAUCGAGGGGGUGACGGUGGCGCCAGUGCAGAGAAGUGCACGCGAGGACGAGGGGCGGAGAGACGGAGCCGCGGCAGUAGAAGAAGUGGCACCAACGGUUGCGGAAGUAUCCUACUCCCGGAGAUCCCGAGCCCCUGGUCCGGGAGAAUGGUCGGCUAGAGCAGAUGAACGGGUGAGGAAUGGAGUCCAUCAGCUUAGGUUUUCGGAACGUGUUAGGAGGUCUGCUCGUCAUGACACGGAGAUGCAGAGAGAAGGGGCGGGGACGUUGGCUGGAAAUUUGGCGCAGGAACGAGUAGCGGAGAUGCAAACGGAGUUGGCGGAGGUAUUCGAGGAAGGCAAGGAGGGUGUAGAAGAUCCGCAGCAACCAAAUACGUCCCAAGAGGUGCAGCAAAAGGCGGACGCAGAGGUGCAGAGGAUCGCAGAGGCAAAUGCACAGAAGAAGGCGGAGGCAAAGGAGCAAAAGAUCGGAGAGGCAGAGGUGCAGAAUAAGGCGGAGGCAGAGGCGCAAAAGAAGGCGGAUGCAGAGGCGCAGAAACGCGCGGACGCAGAGACGCAGAAGAAGGCGGAGGCAGAGGCACACAAACGUGCAGAGGCAAAGGCGCGGAAGAAGGUAGAGGUAGAGGCGCAGCAGAAGACAGAUGCAGAUGCGCAGAAACUCGCAGAGGCAGUGGCGCAGAAGGGAGAGGCAGAGGCGCAAAAGAAGGCAGAGGCAGAGGCGCGGAAACUAGCAGAGGCGGAGGCAGAGGCGCAAAAACUAGCAGAGGCAGAGACGCAGAAGAAGGCGGAGGCAGAGGCGCAGAAGCACGCAGAGGCAGAGGCGCAGAGGAUUGCGGAGGCAGAUGCGCAUAAGAAGGUGGAGGCAAAGGCGCAGAAAAUCGUAGAGGUAGAGGCGCAGAAGAAGGCAGUGGCAGAGGCGCAGAAGAAGGCGGAUGCAGAGGAGCAGAAGAAGGCGGAGGCACAGGCGCAGAAGAAGGCGGAGGCAGGGGCGCAGAAGAAGGCGGAGGCACAGGCGCAGAAGAAGGCAGAUGCAGAGGUGCAGAAGAAGGCGAGGGCAGAGGCGCAGAAGAAGGCGGUUGCAGAGGCGCAGAAACUUGCGGAGGCAGAGGCGGAGAAGAAGGCGGAGGCAGCAGCGCAGAAGGAGGAUGCAGAGGCGCAGAAGCUCGCAGAGGAAGGGGCGCAGAAUCCAGCAGAGGCAGAGGAGCUGAAUACGGUGGGGGAGGGGGCGGGGGAGAGUGAGGAGGCUGGUACUCCAGGAGGAAGAGCGGCGGCAGAAGGAGGAGGCAAAGAGGAAGGAAGCAGAGGACUCCGAGCGACUGAAGAAGGUGAAAAGGUGAAACAGCAGGAGGCGGAGCGCCUGCAGAAUGAGGAGGCCAAUAGGAAGGAAGCUGAGGACGCGGAGAGACGGAAGAAGGAGAAACAGCAAAAGGAUGAGCGUAGGCAGAAGGAGAUGAAAGAGGGGAUGAAGGAGAUGAAGGAGGUGAUGAAGGAGAUGAAGGCGGGUACGAAGGAGAUUAAGGAUGGGAUAUUAAAGCAGGUGGUAGAGAGGUUGACAGCGGUUCUGCGAGAGGACUCCGAGCGGCAGAAGAAAGAGAGACAGCAGGAGGCGGAUAGGCGGCAGAAGGAGGAGGCGAAGAGGAAGGAACGUCGGAAGAAGAAGAAACAGCAGGACGAAGAGCAGCGACAUAAGGGGAUGGAGGAGGGGAUGAAGGAGAUGAGGGGGGUGGUGAAGGAGAUUAAGGCGGGGAUUGCGGAGUUUAAGGAGGGGAUGCUAAGGGAGGUGGAAAAGAGGAUGACAGCGGUUCUGAGAGUGGACUCCGAACAGCAGAGGGAGAAACAGCUGGAGGAGGAGCAGCGGAAGAAGGAUGAGGCAAAGAGGAUUGAAGCAGAGGAUGCAGAGCGGAGGGAGAAACAGCAGGAGGAGGAGCAGCGAGAGGAAGAGGCAAAGAGGAAAGAAGCAGAGGACGCAGAGCGGGUGCACAGGGAGAAACAACAGGAGGAGGAGCAGCGGAAGAAGGAUGAGGCGAAGAGGAUUGAAGUAGAGGAUGCAAAGUGGGUGCAGAGGGAGAAACAGCAGGAGGAGGAGCAGCGGGAGGAGGAGGCGAAGAGGAAAGAAGCAGAGGAUGCAAAGCGCAGCAAGAGGAGGAGCAGCGGGAGAUGGAUAAGCGCCACUUCUGCUGCCACAGCAUUGUCUGCUGAGCCCACAAUUUCUGAUGUUCCCUCGUCGUUUGCUGUCGGCGACACUUCUGCCAUCCCUUCUGCCCUUGCGUCGCUUGCCGCAUCAGUUGCUGGCAUCGCAAUUGAGACAAUGAAGUCCGUCCAGAAUCAGGCGCACGACAAGGAAGCCUGGAUUCCGCCCCUUUCGGAUGCGCUACUGGAAGAGCUACCAGAAGAUUUGCGAGCGAGCGACGAUACUAGGUGGAUGACGAGGAUGGUGGCGAAGGUGUUGACCUCUUGGUGCCUAUGUUGCAUGGCAUCAAGAGGCCUUCGUGAACACCAUGGCGCCAGCCUCGACGUCCUACAGAAGAAAUCGGGUAAACGGGACACUACAAGUGGAGCAGAGAAGGAGAAGAAGAGCAAGAAGUCGUCUUCGAAGGGGAAGGGGCUGAAGGGGGAGUCGAGGGAGGAGAACACCAGCACCGGCGGUCAGGAGUGA